AUGGAGCAGAGCUUCUUCGAUUUGAUCUAUUUUCUACACUGCCCAGGCCUCGCCGAGACAUUCCUCGACGUUUUACUCUCCUCAGUCCCGAUUUGGCUCACUGUCAUGAUCGGCCUUGUUAUCGAUUGGUCCUGGCGCACUAGGUGGACCGGUCGGCUUCCUAACACAAAGAGGUUGAAUUUGGAAGCUAUAGGUGUUGAGCUUCACGAGAUGGGAGCCGUAAAGGUGGAUGAGUUCUCUCGCACAAACAUUCCUAGUAUAUGGGCUGUUGGUGAUGUCACAAAUAGAUUGAAUCUUACUCCCGUGGCCUUAAUGGAAGGCACCUGCUUUUCAAAAACUGUUUUUGGUGGGCAGCCUACCAAACCAGACUAUAACAAUGUACCUUGUGUUGUAUUCUGCAUACCACCUCUUUGUGUUGUUGGAUUAAGUGAAGAAGAGGCUAUUGAGCAAACAAAGGGUGAUGUUUCGAUUUUUACGUCAACGUUCAAUCCUAUGAAGAACACUGUCUCAGGACGGCAAAAGAAAACGGUUAUGAAGCUUGUUGUUGAUUCUGAGAUAGAUAAAGUUAUUGGAGCAUGCAAGUAUCAUUGUCUCUAUAUCGGGUUUCAUAAAGUUCUUAACCUUCAGCUACGUAUAGGUUUGAAUUCUUCAUUCACUUGGAACAGGAUAAUUCAUAUUUUCUCACCAGGUACUAUUGCCAAAACAUUUCGGGAGAAAGGUAUACCUUGUGAUGUUAUAUGGAUGGAUAUUGAUUGCAUGAAUGGGUUUCGUUGUUUCACUUUUGACCAG